AUGAAGGAUUCCUGUAGUGUUCACUCGUUAGUGUACAGUGAGGACGUGCCCUCAAGGUACCAGGCUACCUUAGCAUUCGGCAUCUUCAAGCGCAAGUUUUACCUCCUCAUCCACACUCCGGAGUUCGAUCUGAAGACACAGGCCAAGAUUGUAGCAGCUCUUGCAGUCAUCUUCAACUUCAUCCGCAUCCACGACCCAGAAGAUAUCAACGUAGAGCAAUUUGAUGCUCGUGCAGAGCGAGCUCAUAGGGCGCCACGAGACGAUGUUUAUGAGGUGCCUGUGGUGGAGGAGCUGGGUGGAUUUGUCUCGACAGUGGAAAAAGAUGAGGCUGAUAGCCGUCGUGAUGGAAUUGCAGAGAGAAUGUGGGCUGAUUAUAAGGAGUACUUGCAGAAUGGCGGUGAUGAGGAGGAGGUCGAUUAUGAUGAAUUGUACAUGUAA